UUGUACAGGUUGAUGAGGGGCCUGUCCAUUUCUGCCACCUGCCUGCUGAGUGUCCUGCAGGCCAUCACCCUCAGCCCCAGAAGCUCCUGCUUGGCAAAGUUCAAGCCUAAGUCCCCACAGGACAGCCUGAAGUCCCUUCCCUUCCUGUGGGUCUUCUAUAUGUCCUUCAGUGCCCACUUCUCCAUCUCUUCUGUUGACAACUCCACUGUGACCUCACAGAGCCUUAUAUUUCUCAGUGACUCUUGCACUAUCUUACCCAUGAGCUACUUCCUCAGGCAUUUGUUUACCAUCCUGGGUUCAUUAUGGGAUGUCUUUCUUAUAGGGCUCAUGGCCCUCUCUAGUGGGUACAUGGUGACCCUCUUGCAUAGGCAUAAGAGGCAGUGCCAGCACCUUCACAGCACCAGCCUGUCUCCAAAAGCCUCCCCAGAACAGAGGGCCACCAGGGCCAUCCUGCUGCUCAUGGAAAUUUUUGUGCUCGUGUGCUGUUUGGACUGCAUUGUCUCCUCCUCAAGAACCAUGUGAAACAAUGACCCUGUGUGCCGUUCUGUCCAGGUCAUGGUGUCCAAUGGCUAUGCCACCAUCAGUCCUUUGGUUAUUAUCUUCACUGCAAGACACAAUGUUACCUUUCUGAAAUGUUUGUGGGGGAAGGACAGUCAACAUUGA